GCUCCCACCAGUUUCUUCUUGCUGACACAGACUUCCUAGUGGUAGGCAAAAUGGCUUUUUAUUCUGUAUUUUUGGUUUUCUUAGCUGGCCUGGCACUUUGUUCUGAAGCUGCGCCACCGAACCCUCUUGAUGCCAAGCAUCCUCUUUUUGUAAAAGUUGUGGAUUCAGUCCGAGGAAGUCCAGCUACAAAUGUUCCAGUUAAAUUAUAUAAAGAAUCUGCAGAUGGAUCUUGGGAACUCUUAAGUUCAAAACAAACCAAUGAAAAAGGUGGCCUCCCAGAGCUUACAACUAAAGAACAAUUUGUAGCAGGGUUAUAUAAGCUUGAGCUUGAUACAGCCUCUUACUGGAAGAGUCUGGGUUUGAAUCCCUUCCACCACCAUGCUGAUGUGGUGUUCGCAGCUAAUGAUGCUGGUAAUCGGCAUUACAAGAUCGUUGUUGUCCUUAGUCCCUUCUCUUAUUCAACUACAGCAGUAGUUAGUGAGCCAGUGGAAUAGAAGCUGACAUUAAAUGUGAAAAUUCAGUUGUGUAAAUUAAAAUUUCCAUAAAUGAUAAGAAUUUAGCAUCUGAAUGUAUUAACAGCUUUAGAUUUCAUAGUAAAUCACUAACAGUAAGUUUUUUAUUCACUUCAUUAACUUUAGGAAGAAAGUGUAUUGACUUUGUUUUCAAAUACUCCUGAAUAAAAGUAUUCUGGCAUUUCUGUAUUAUCAACA